AUGGAUUUGGUUUUAGGUCAAGAAUUUAGAACCAAGGAGGAAGCGCAAACUCAUAUUCAGGCGGCGUCACAUCUGAAGUGUUUUGAGUAUGAGAUAAUUAAGUCGGAUACUAAGAGAUAUGUGAUAAAAUGCCGAGGAGCCAAAGAAGGCUGCAAGUGGUUUGUGCGUGUUGCAAAGUUAACGAAUUCAGAUCUUUGGUCAGUUAGAAGUUACAUCAAGCAGCAGAGAUGUCCUGUUGUUACCACAAGAACACUGCCUAAUAGAAGGAGAGGCACACCACAAAUCGUUGCAUCUAUCCUGGCCCAAGAUUAUCCUGGAAGUUUUGACACACCACGUCCCAAAGCUCUGAUCGAUUUGGUUUAUCAGAGAGUUGCUGUGGAAGUGAAUCCUGACACAAUAACUCGUGUGGUUGUGGAUGAGGGCAAAAAAUUUAAGUAUCUGUUUUGGGCUUUGGGAGCUAGCAUAGAAGGAUUUCGCACGAUGAGAAAAGUCCUCGUUGUGGAUGCAACACACCUGAAGACUGUUUAUGGUGAAGUGUUAUUUAUUACGACUGCUCAGGAUCUCAAUCAUCACCACUACCCAAUUGCGUUUGGUGUUGCAGAUGUGAUAUCAGAUCUCCCUGGAUUGGUGUUUCUUUCGGACAGAAACAAAGGCUUGAUCAAGGCAGUAUAUCAAGUGUUCCCUCAGGCUGCUCAUGGGUAUUGUAUAUGGCAUUUGUCUCAAAAUGUUAAAGGCUACGUCCAUAACAACAGAGAAACAUGUGCAUUUAAGUUUAUGGAGUGCGCACACGCUUAUACAGAGGCUGAGUUCUUGGUCCUUUAUGACGCUUUUGGCAGGAAAUAUCCUAGUGCAGCGGAGUAUCUUGACAAAAGUUGUGAACAAAAGAAAUGGGCUAGAUGUUACUUUGAAGGAGUUAGGUACAAUGUUGACACCACCAAUUCAGCAGAAUCUUUUAACGGUGUUAUUAAGGACGCAAGAAAGUUCACCUUACUUCCAAUGUUUGAUUUUAUCAUUGGAAAUAUUGCUGAAUGGUUUAACAAGCACAGGAAGGAGGCAGCUGAGAUGCCACCCGCACUAAAGCUUGUGCCUAUUGUGGAGGAGGAAAUGUCUAAAAGAUGUGUUGAUGCAGGGUUUAUUCGGGUUGACGAGUUAAACAACUUCCAUCUCGAGUAUAGUGUGCAUGGUAGUGACGGGAAACGUUAUACCGUGGACAUGGCUAUGAACACGUGCACCUGUGAGCAAUUUGAUAAAGACAAAUAUCCAUGUGUUCAUGCAGUAGCUGCUGCCACAUUCAUGACUGAUAAAGCGGGAACGGAACUCCAUCUAUCUGAGUAUUGUUCUAAGUACUAUUUGGUGGAGCAAUGGGCUUUGGCUUAUCACAGGACAAUAUAUCAUGUUCCUCAUAUGUCUGAUUGGGUUAUACCAGAAGAAAUUAGAGCAAAGAAAGUACUUCCUCCAGAAUUUGAUGUCAAGAAAGGAAAACCACAACAAACAAGGAAACCAUCAGCAGGAGAAGCUUGUGGAAGAGGAAAAAGAGGCAGAGGGAGUGGAAGAGGGAGAGCCACAAGCACAUGCACAUGCACAUGCAGAGCUAGAAGAAGAGGUAUGGCAGCGUAUUUUGAAUGUGGAAGUGGUUCAGGUUCAUGUGUUUGA